UUAUCAGUUUUUCUUAAUAAAGUGCCGUGUGUUGAACACGUCUUUUUCGGUGGAUUUGUGGAAAUUCUUUUAAAAAAUAGGAAUUUCUUAGUAAAUAUCCUUUAAACGACCUUAAUAUUUGUGAAUAUUAGCAAGGAAAUAUGUCUUUGAAGUUAACAGCGAAUGUUAAUAAUCCACCGAUCAGUGGUUUGGCUACAGCGCAUUUAAUCAAUGACACAGUGCCAGUGGAAAUUGUUUGGGGCAGUGAAACUUCAUUGUUGUAUCCAGAUGGCAGACGUAUGUCUUGCUACUCCAACAACGAUGUUUUGCGUGCUUUAGCUAGAGCAGCUCCAGCCUAUAAAUUGUAUGGUGAAACCGCUAUUGAACGCACACAAAUCGAUCAUUGGUUGUCUUUCUCACUAACCUGUGACGAUGACAUAUCCUGGGCCAUGACUUUUUUGGAUAAAUCCAUAGCUCCUGUUACCUAUUUGGUAGCCAACAAAUUGACAAUAGCCGAUUUUGCUUUAUACAAUGAAAUGCACUCACGCUAUGAAGUAUUGGCUGCCAAGGGUAUACCCCAACAUGUGCAGAGAUGGUUCGACUUGAUAAGUGCCCAGCCUCUUAUUCAAAAGGUUCUCAAUUCUUUGCCAGAGGAAGCUAAAAUCUCCGCUAAACAAGUUAAUCGUUCGAAGAAUUCUAAGGAAGCCUCACCUGCUGCCAACUCUAAACCUGGAGAACGUAAACAAGAAGGUAAAUUCGUUGAUUUACCCGGUGCCGAAAUGGGCAAAGUUGUGGUACGUUUUCCUCCAGAAGCUUCCGGUUAUUUGCAUAUUGGUCAUGCCAAGGCUGCUCUUUUAAAUCAAUACUAUGCUCAAGCUUUCAAUGGCAAAUUGAUUAUGCGUUUUGAUGACACAAAUCCCGCAAAAGAAACUGUGGAAUUUGAAAAUGUUAUUUUGGGCGAUUUGGAAUUGUUGAAUAUUAAACCUGAUGUGUUUACCCACACCUCCAACUAUUUCGAUUUAAUGUUGAGCUACUGUGAACAAUUAAUAACUGAUGGUAAAGCUUAUGUUGAUGACACUCCUCCCGAGCAAAUGAAAGCUGAACGUGAACAGAGAACAGAAUCGAAAAAUCGUUCCAAUGAUGUUGCCAAAAACAUGUCUAUGUGGAAGGAGAUGUUAAAUGGCACUGAAUACGGCCAAAAAUGCUGUGUACGUGCCAAAAUUGAUAUGUCAUCACCCAAUGGUUGUAUGCGUGAUCCCACUAUCUACAGAUGCAAAAAUGAACCACAUCCUAGAACGGGUACCAAAUACAAAGUCUACCCCACCUACGAUUUUGCCUGUCCCAUCGUUGAUGCCAUUGAAAAUGUUACACACACUUUGCGUACCAUGGAAUAUCACGAUCGUGACGAUCAAUUUUAUUGGUUCAUUGAUGCCUUGAAACUACGCAAACCCUACAUUUGGGAAUACAGUAGAUUGAACAUGACCAACACUGUUUUGUCCAAACGUAAGCUAACCUGGUUUGUUGAAUCCGGUUUAGUAGAUGGUUGGGAUGAUCCUCGUUUCCCCACUGUACGUGGUAUUGUUAGACGUGGUAUGACUGUUGAAGGUUUAAAGGAAUUCAUAAUUGCUCAGGGUUCCAGUAAGUCUGUAGUCUUUAUGAAUUGGGAUAAGAUUUGGGCUUUCAAUAAGAAGGUCAUCGAUCCCAUUGCCCCACGUUAUACUGCCCUCGAAUAUGAAAAUCGCGUUGUGGUAAAUGUAGCCGGCGCUAAGAAAGAAAAAAUCGAAGUUCCUGUACAUCCUAAGAAUGAGUCUUUGGGUAAAAAGACUGUUACAUUGGGACCCAAAAUCUAUAUUGAUUAUGUUGAUGCUGAGGCUUUGAAGCAGGGAGAAAAUGCCACCUUUAUCAAUUGGGGUAAUUUGAUGAUCAAUAAGAUCAACAAAGAUGCCAAUGGCAAAAUUGUUAGCGUUGAUGCUUCAUUAAAUUUGGACAACAAAGACUUUAAGAAGACCCUUAAACUUACUUGGUUGGCUGUAGAAGAUCAAGCUGAAGAAUACCCACCCACUUACUGUGUGUACUUUGAUAAUAUCAUUAGUAAAGCGGUUUUGGGUAAAGAUGAAGAUUUUAAACAAUUCAUUGGCCAUAAAACACGUGAAGAAACUCAAAUGUUGGGUGAUCCUGAAUUGAAGAAAUGCAAAAAGGGUGACAUUAUUCAAUUACAACGUCGUGGUUUCUUUAAGGUUGACAAUGCCUAUGCUCCACCCAGCGCUUAUUCAAAUGUACCCUCACCAGUAAUUCUAUUCUCUAUUCCUGAUGGUCAUACUAAGGAUAUGCCCUCGUCGGGUUUGAAAAUUAAUACUGCAACCAAUCAGGAUGCUAAUAAAACGCCAACAUCGAACGGUGUACCUGCAAAUGCUGUGGCAGAUUUAGAUCAAAAGAUUGUCAAACAGGGUGAUAUUGUUCGUGAUCUUAAGUCUAAAAAGGCGGAUAAAGCUCAAGUUGAUGCUGAAGUUAAAAAAUUAUUGGCUUUGAAGGCAGAUUAUAAGGCUGCUUGCGGUAAAGAUUGGAAACCAGGACAAACACCAGCUGCUGCUGCUCCCGCUGUAACUAAAGCUCCUGUUAAUGAUGCUAGCUCAGUUAAUGAGAGCAUUGUAAAGCAAGGUGACUUAAUUAGAGACCUUAAGGCUAAAAAGGCUGCUAAAACUGAAAUCGAACCACAAGUUAAAAUCCUCUUAGACUUGAAAGCCCAAUUUAAGAGUUUAACUGGUCAAGAUUGGAAACCCGGUGUACAAGUGCCCACCGCAAAGUCUUCCUCUCCCGCUCCUGCUGCUACUAGUGCCAACUCAGCAGUAGAAGUUGUUUUAAGCAAAAUUGCUGAACAAGGUGAUAAAGUAAGACAAUUGAAAUCUGCCAAAGCUGACAAAGCAGCCGUAGAUGCUGAAGUAAAAACUUUAUUAAGUUUAAAGGCUGAAUAUAAACAAUUAACUGGUAGUGAUUGGAAACCAGGUGCAGUAGCUCCUGUUGUGGUGAAACAAGAAAAGUGUCCAGAUUUACCCACCAGCUCGGCUGUAAAUGAAUUACUAAAUAAAAUUGCCGCUCAAGGUGACAAAAUUAGACAACUAAAAUCCAGUAAAGCUGACAAGGCCACUAUUGAACCAGAGGUAAAAUUGUUAUUGGCUUUGAAAGCUGACUACAAAAGUCUUACUGGUGAAGAGUGGAAACCCGGAUGUGUAGCUCCAGCCAAUACGGUAAAAACUGAAACUAUUGAUUUGACUGCCGCUGAUUCUGAUUCCGAGGUUGAAGUCGUUUUGGAAAAGAUUAAAGUUCAAGGUGAUAAAAUACGCCAAUUAAAAUCAGAAAAAGCCGCCAAACCCGUCAUCGAUCCCGAAGUACAAUCAUUGUUAAAACUCAAGGCCGAAUAUAAAACCUUAACUGGUAAAGAUUGGACUCCAGACACUAAACCCCCUUCAAAAACCGCAGUAGUUAAACAAGAAGUAAAAAUGUCAUCUGUACCAGCUAACGAAAAGGAUUUGUUAACCAAAGAAAUCACUGAGCAGGGAGGAAAAGUUCGCACUGCCAAAACCAAUAAGGCUCCCAAAGAAGAAAUUGAUAUGGAAGUAGCUAAAUUGUUGGCGCUUAAAGCCAAAUAUAAGGAAGUAACUGGUACCGAUUUCCCCGUAGCCGGUCGUAGUGGUGGCAGUUCGAAGAAAUCUGGACAGGAAAAGAAAGAAGUCACCAAACCCGCUAAGCCAGUGAAAAAAGAACCUGAAGUUGCUGGUGGCGCAGUGAAGAAACAAACACGUUUGGGUUUGGAAGCCACCAAGGAAGACAAUCUUCCCGAAUGGUAUUCCCAAGUGAUCACUAAAGGUGAACUUAUCGAAUACUAUGAUGUUUCAGGCUGUUAUAUUCUCCGCCACUGGUCAUUUGCCAUAUGGAAAUUCAUUAAGAACUGGUUUGAUGCCGAAAUCACUAAGAUGGGUGUCAAAGAGUGCUAUUUCCCCAUCUUUGUAUCCAAGGCCGCUUUGGAAAAGGAAAAGGAUCAUAUUGCUGACUUUGCCCCUGAAGUUGCGUGGGUCACAAAGUCUGGAGAGUCUGAUUUGGCUGAACCCAUAGCUGUAAGACCUACCUCUGAGACCGUUAUGUACCCUGCAUACGCCAAGUGGAUUCAAUCUUACCGUGACUUGCCCAUUCGCCUCAAUCAAUGGAAUAAUGUAGUCCGUUGGGAAUUUAAACAUCCCCAGCCUUUCUUACGCACCAGAGAAUUUUUGUGGCAGGAGGGUCAUACCGCCUUUGCCGGCAAAGAGGAAGCCGACAAGGAAGUAUUAGACAUUUUGGAAUUAUAUGCUCAAGUUUACACCGAUUUGCUGGCCAUUCCAGUGGUUAAGGGUCGCAAGACUGAAAAGGAGAAAUUUGCAGGUGGAGAUUAUACCACCACUGUUGAAGCCUUUAUAUCUGCUUCUGGUCGCGCCAUUCAGGGUGCAACUAGCCAUCACUUGGGUCAAAACUUCUCCAAAAUGUUUGAAAUCGUUUUUGAAGAUCCUGAAACCCAACAGAAACAAUACGUUUACCAAAACUCCUGGGGUAUUACCACCCGUACUAUUGGUGUCAUGAUCAUGGUACAUUCUGACAAUCAAGGUAUUGUUCUACCACCUCACGUAGCCUGCAUACAGGCAAUUGUUGUACCCUGCGGCAUAACCGUCAACACCAAGGAUACAGAAAGAGCAGAACUUUUAGAAGCUUGCCGAGCCUUAGAAAAGCAAUUAUGCGCCAAGGGUAUUCGCUGUGAGGGUGACUAUCGCGACAACUAUUCUCCCGGCUGGAAAUUCAAUCAUUGGGAAUUGAAGGGUGUGCCAUUGCGUAUCGAAUUGGGCCCCAAAGACAUGAAGGCCAAACAAAUUGUAGCCGUACGCAGAGAUACUGGCGAAAAACUUAUUUUGGCUAUGGAAAAUGUUGAAUCAAAGAUUUCUCAACUACUGGAAACCAUUCAUGACAGUAUGUUGGCCAAGGCUAAGGUUGAUUUGGAAAGUCAUACAAAACUCACCAAGAAUUGGGCUGAUUUCUGUAAAUUCUUAGACCAAAAGAAUAUUUUAUUGUCGCCUUUCUGUGGUGAAAUUUCUUGUGAGGAUAAAAUUAAGGCGGAUAGUGCUCGUGACGAAGAUGCUGAACCUGGUGCACCAGCUAUGGGUGCCAAAUCAUUGUGUAUACCUUUCGAUCAGCCUGCUCCAAUUACUGCUGCUGACAAAUGUAUUCAUCCAGGUUGUACGAACAAACCCAAGUACUUUACUUUGUUUGGACGCAGUUACUAAGUUUUAAACGAUGUUUCCAAGUGACGAUUUUACCCUCUACGAGAUUUAUUAAUACAAUUUAAAUAUGCUUGUUUUUUAAUGUCCACAUUUAUUUAUAAUUGAUAGUUUUUUAUUUAAAAAAUAUAUACGAAUAGAUUUUCAGUUAUUAAUUAGUAUCUCAUAAAAA